AGGCUGGUGUCUGUUAGACCAUAGACUAACCGUUUUAUCUAUGGUUAGACUGUGCUGGUGCUGGUGUUGUUAUUGUUUGACUCUUUUUACUCGAAAGGGAGCAUUUUUGAAGACAGAAAAUUUAUUUCAUAAGUCUGAAAAUAUGGAAGUGAACAUGGAUCAAAAAGAAGCUUUGAGCAGAAAUAGACUGAUGUUGGUCAACAAAUAACAAAAAAAAUUAUUCAAUUGGAAAACUUGCAUCAAUAAAUUGAAUCUUUACUGUAGUUUGGAAUCUCUCCUUUAAAAAAGCUAAAAAAUAUGUUGACAUAUUUCCCCAAGAAAUAAAUAGAAAAAUGUUAUUGGUAUUUACUUUUACAAACACAAUUAUAAAUUGUUAAGACAAUGGAACAACAAGUGUCUAAGGAAAUUAUUUGUGCGUUCUGCAAUAAAACAGUUGAUAGUGUGAAUAGUUUAAAUGUGCACAUGUUAGAGCACGCAAAAGACUUAUUAGAUCAAAAUAAAGACAGAUCCAUUAAAUGUAUUUCAAGAACUAAAAGUGAUACAGAUAUCCCAAAACAACUCAAGAAGCUUGAAUUUCGAUGCUCCAUUUGCAAUAAGACAUUUGGUACAAACGGUGCUUUAAAAGUUCACCAGUACAAGCAUACUGGGCAGUAUCCGUUUGUUUGUAAUAUUUGUAAUUUAGGUUUUCCGAUCAAUUCAAAGUUCAAGGAACAUCUACAAAGGCAUAAAGGAGAACGCCCCCACAUGUGUGAAAUAUGUAAUAAAACAUUUAUCCAGAAAAAAUGUUUAAGAAUCCACUUAUUGACUCAUUCUGAUACAUUAAAACACAAGUGUCCAAUUUGUCAAAAAUCAUUCCGGCAUAAUGGAAGCUUUAAACGACACGUUAAAAACCAUGAUGAGAAGAAUGGACCAGCUGAAAAGUGUCCUGUAUGCAAUAAAGAAUUUGUGUUUAAAGGUUAUUUAAAGGUCCAUAUGAAGAUUCAUUCCGGUGAGCGCCCGUAUCAAUGUGAAGAAUGCGGAAAAACGUACACAUUUGCUGAAUCCCUGAGAUGCCACAAGAAAACUCACAGUGUUGAAAAACCUUACCAGUGUACUCAAUGCGACAAAAAAUACAGAUUCCGCGGCCAACUGCACUAUCACCUUCGACAACACCGUGGAGAACGGCCCUUCAAAUGCAAUGUUUGCAAUAAAGCAUUCUCCCGAAAAGUAUUGUUGAGGGUUCACACAUUCAAUCAUACUGGGGAAAGACCUCAUAAGUGUUCUAUUUGCAACAAAGGUUUUACGAUAAAAGGUAGACUGGAUGUUCAUAUGAAGACUCACAGCAGAGUUAAGCCCUACCAAUGUGCUUUGUGUGACAAGAGUUUUGCUGCUAAGCAAACCUUAAAGGCUCACCAAUUAUGUCAUGUAAGUGAGCAACUAUUUAGAUGUGAUAUUUGUAACAAGUCCUUUUAUCAAAUUCAAUCAUUUAAGGAUCACAUCAAGACACACUUGGAAACCAAACCGCUCAAGUGUUAUAUCUGUAAUGAAGUUUUCAGCUUGAAGUUGCAUCAGAAGAACCAUCUGAAAACUCACCUAAUGUAUUCACAGUGUUCUGUUUGCAACUCCAUUUUCAAAGAUGAUCAGGACUUGAGUCAUCAUAUCUCGUGUCAUAGUGAGAAACCUGAACUGAAUGAAUCAAGUAACAGUGAUCUUCCGAAACAAAUCUCUGGAACAAAUAAGUUUUUGAGUCACAGUGAAGAAUAUUGUACUGAACAACUUUUACAGUGCAAAUUAUGUCGGGAAUUUUUUGGAAGAGGAGCUCUGAAGAAACAUAUCUUGCUUCAUUCUAAAUCCUGGGCUCAAAAAGUAACUCCAAGCAAACUUUUUAGAUAUAAUGUAAAUACUCAGGUAGAAAAAAUAAGUGAAAAUCUUCACAUUUGUAAGAUCUGCUGCAACGUUUACAAAUCAAAGGAAAAUGCUGUUAUGCAUCUGUUGGUUCAUAAGUACAUUCACUCAGUCUUUAUUAAGAAACUUUUACGUCAAACUACAAGAGUCAGAGUGUUUCCAUAUUAUGCAGGAUUUUUAUCCUAAAAUUUAAAAUAUAAUUUUUAAACCGUGCGCGAGAUUGAAACAGGAUAUAAGAUAAAACGGAAUUUUUGGCCCUGACAUCUGGUUUUCUAAUUUAUAAACCUAUUCAUUUUUGGAAAAAAUAACCUUUAUCUAAUAGUCAUAAACAGUUCCCACACUCCGGACUGCUUGCCUUUACUACUUCCUUUACUUUCCUACGUCUCGGACCUGUUUCCCUCCCUUCCCAUAGCAUCAUAGGAUUGCAAAUACCUUAAUAUAAUGGUCUUAAACAGAUCCCACACCCCGAACAGCUCACCUUUACUACUUACUUCACCACUUCGGCACUUCCUACGUCGCGGAACUGUUUUCCCCCUUCCUAUAGAAUUUUAGGAAUGCAGAUACCUUAAUCUAAUCGUCAUAAACAGUUUUCACACUCCAGACUGCUUUCCUUUACUACUUCCUUCACCACUUCCUACGUCACGGACCUUAAGCUAGUGUCGACAUUUGAUUAUAUUUAUGAUCUAUACCGUUUCAGUUCCAAUAUCUGUGGAAUAAUGCUUAACACCUUUUGUUAUAGGGUGUGUGGUGAAAAGAAAAUUAAGGUAUCAAACAUAAAUUCAAAAUUGUAAUAAAACUGUGACAUAUCAUUACGUAGAAACAGUUUAUCCUUUUUAUUAUCAUAAGCUAUGGGAAACCCCCUGAGGCUCAAUCUAAAUUCCCAUUGCAAACAUAUGCUGGUAGUUGAUUGUAGCGUAGCCAAUAAUAUAUUUUGAGUAAAUAUUAUGUACCCUAAAAUAUUGUGACAAUAAAUGUAUAUUCUACUUACCGUA